GAAGCCGGCUGCUUGGUGGGAGCUCCGGAGCGAGAGUGCCGUGGGGAGCGCUGUCGGCCGGUGCCAUGCCGUCGUCGCCGCUGUGGGUGGCGGUCGUGUGCUCCAGUAACCAGAAUCGGAGCAUGGAAGCACACAACAUCCUCAGCAAGUGGGGUUUCAGUGUCCGGUCCUUUGGAACAGGAACUCAUGUGAAGCUCCCAGGACCAGCACCUGACAAGCCCAAUGUUUAUGACUUCAAAACCACAUAUGACCAGAUGUACAAUGAUCUCCUCAGGAAAGACAAAGAACUGUAUCCCAUGGCUGACCCUUAGAGAAGCAGGGUGGUCUUCUGGUGGGUGUGAUUUGUGACUGGUAGUCACUCUGAUCCCCCACCCUGCAGGGUGUGUUUUAAGGUGAAACAGGACCAGCAAAUGUGCUCUGGCA